AUGUCGACGGGACCAACAGCAGCCCCGGGUGCCGCUAGUGCUGGGUUGUUGGAAGAAUGGAUGAAGGCAAUAGUGAAGAAUAAUGCAGGGGGAGUGGCCUCGUCGGAUCCGGAGGACAUUAUUAAAAGAAUGAAGGAUGAUUUACGGACAACUUGGGAGAAAUUGGGUAGUAGGUUGAAGGCGCAAGAGGCGCAAGAAAUAAGGAACCUCUGCUUCGAAGGCGUAAAGUGGGCGGGGAAGAAGUUAUCCUUCGAGCAACAAUAUAUGGGAGAUGUAUGUAUGGCCAUAGCGGAAGUGAAGUAUUUCAUGAGUGGCCUGAAAACACGGGGUAAAUGGAAGGCGGUGGAAGUUGAAACACCCAGUGAACCACAUGAAUGGUAUCCACGGUGUAUUGUCGGAUCAGUCGCCCUUUCUGAAAUAUACGGCGACCAUUGUAAAUUGAAGGAAGUAAUAGGGGAAAUAUUGCAGAAAGUGGACAGAAAAAUAGAGGACGACUAUGGCGGGAAGGGCGCGUCAUUGAGUAAAUGCAAAGGAGUAGGUUCGACCGCCUUAAUCUUCGGGAGAUCAGUUCUUGGUGAUACGAUUAAAAGUUGGACCAAAGCAAGAAGGGACGAAAAGAGAGGGGGGGGUUAUAGGGUAGGGGGCUUGUGGGAUAGGUGGGAACAUGUAUGUAAGCAGAAAGGAAAGACCGAAGCGGAGAAGGAGACCAAAAAAAAAGAACUGAGAAAAGAGAAUGCAGAUACCAUCGUACAGUUCAUGAAGAUGGGCAACACCAAUUCUGGUCAGAAUAAUGCAAUCUCCUUAGCACAAACACUCAUGGACGACAACAUUAAAUUAUCGGACGACACAAUAAAGGGUGUACUUAGGGAGAUGGUCACGGACAGUACUAAUGGUCAAGUGGACGCAGGCAAAAUUCAGGCAGGACUGCAGAAGUUAGGGAGUGAAACUCAAAAAACACUAGCCGAAAAUUGUAUCAAGAGUACAUUGGAUAACACCAGUGGCAAGAGCAACAACAAUACUUUAUGCAAACGCCUAGGUUGCAUGAAAUAUUUAUGGCAGAAUGUACCACCAGGAGAACAGGGCACCAUCGAAGAUUUUUGGAACAAGAAUGUCCAGGCACUGUGGAAAGAAUUGGCAGGGAAAAUGAAGGAGAAUGGCGGAACAGGGAACGGAAAUGGAUGUAAUAAAAUACCGAAUGCAACUCAUUCUGAAAAGACGGCAUGCAAAUAUUUGCAUGCCGGCUUAAAACAACUGUACGAGAAUCCGACGACGGCGAAGCCGUCGGCGUCGCCGACAGGCGACGACAACAAACUUUUGUCCAACCCAUCGUUUAGACAAACGAUGGGUUGUUUAUUACUUCAUUCUUAUGCAAAACAUAUGAAAAGCAAAGCUGCUUGUAAUAUUGAAAAGGGGAUAACAGAAGCUUUCAAACUUGGGGAGAAACUCAGUGAUGGUAAUAAUGGUAAUUGCAGUGGCAAGGGACCUUGUGUCCCUUGCCAAUGGAAUGAUACCAGCAUUGGCACUUGCACCGUGAAGAUUGAAACAACUUUAGCAAAGACGAGAGUGGAAAAAAUUGUCCAGGUGGAUGACACAAACACUACCUCCAUCAUGGGGAACAUAAAUAAAAUGAAUGGUUUAUGUGACCAUAUGAAAUGCUUAGCAUCUCGAGUAAAUUCAUCCCCUAGUAAGAGCACAUUUUGGGAAAAGACUGGCGAAGUAGGACAACUAUGGAAAGAUUUGUCCAACGCCAUGACGAAGAAUGGGGGCCAAGACAGUGGAAAUGGAUGUGAUAAAAUGGAUAGCGGCAGUGGCACCAAUGGUCAGAGGGAAGCCACCAACCCUGAAAAGAGGGCAUGCAAACAUCUUACGGCAGGUUUCAACAGACUGAAGGAAAUUGCAGCGUCUGACGGCAAUGAAUAUCCAAUCCUAUUCGAACAUCCAUCGUUGAAAAAAGCGGUGGGUUGUUUCUUACUUCACGCCUAUGCAAAUAAAAUGAGAGAAGACUCUACGUGUGUUAUCGAUUCGGGUUUAAAGAAAGCUUUUGACACUGCCGGUAAAAGUUUAAAUGAAGUGGAAUGCAAGUGGGAUGAUGACGAAUAUGAAGGUUGCAACGUGAAGAUUACCACAAAUAGCAACACCCAGACGGAAGCAAAGACCAAAGUUCAAGACAUAGUGACAGACGGCACAACUGUAACUGACGCCCUAAAGAAAAUAAAUGAAAUAAAUAAGUUAUGCGAUUACAUUAAAUGCGCCGCACCCAAUUGGUUCAAACAAAACGAACAAGUGAAGAAUGGUACGAAGAAGGAUUGGUGUCAAUUUUGGGAGGAAGGCGUCAGAUCCAAACUGGAGGAAAUGUUCCAACACAUCGAGAAGGACCAUGCAAAACAAACUAAUGGUGUAUGCGAAUCAUUUGGUGAUGGUAAUCCACAAAGUGUUGAAAGAAAAGCUUGUAAUCAUAUCACAGCAGGUUUAGAACACCUUAAAACAGUUAGUAGUACUGGCAAGCAACUGCUCGAUCGAGCAGUUGGUUGUUUUGCUCUUAACAUGUAUGCUGAUCAAAUAAUAGAACAGUCGAACAAAUUCUGUCCCAUUGAUGAAUCUAAAAUAAAUGAAAUGUUCAAAACAUGGAAUGCAAAUAAUAAAAUUUCGUGUCAGACCUCUGCUGGUAAUACCGAAGAUUGUUCUGUUUGUGAUAGGGUACAAAACUCAGAACUUACGAAAUGCCAACUAAGUGUUGACAGCAAUUUGGUGGAUAAAACAAAAGGAACUUGCUCUGAUAAUGAUAACAGAGAAAAUGUCCAACCUCAAAUGAAAAAACUCCUCGAAGAUAAAGACACCAUCAAGAUGGAAGAAAAAGUGUCCAAAAUCACUGACAUUACGAAAUCUUCUUUGUGUACUCAACUCCAAUGCGCAGCAAAGAAAUGGAACACGACAAACGGAAUGCAGGGAAGUGCCACUUGGAACCAAUUCUGGACAAAGACUGGUGAUGUUGGCAAACUGUGGAUAGAAUUGUCCAAUGCCAUGACGAAGAAUGGGGGCCAAGACAGUGGAAAUGGAUGUAAUCAAAUGGAUAAUGGCACUAAUGAAAGGGAUGCCACCACCCCUGAAAAAAAGGCAUGCCUCCAUCUUUCAGCAGGUUUCAACCAACUAAAAGAAGAUGCAUCUGCCAACAGCAAUGACUACCCCAUCCUGUCGACCAACCCAUCGUUGAGACAAACAGUGGGUUGUAUCCUUCUUAAGGAAUAUGCAAAAAAAAUGCAAAAUCAAUCCACAUGUGUUAUCACUUCCGGUUUAGAGAAGGCUUUCAAGUCAUGGAAACCAGAAAAAAAUGGACGAUGCGCGAGCGGUAUCGCCUGCAUUGACUGUAAUUGGGACGAUAACGAAUAUGACAGCUGCGACGUGAAGAUUACCACAAAUGGCACCCCAUCGAAUGCAAAGACCGCAGUUGGUACUGUACUCGACGAGAAAAAAAAUGAGUUGAAAUCAACUAUGGACAAAAUAAACGACACGAAGACCUUAUGUCAACAACUCCAAUGUGCCGCACCCAGAUGGUUCGAAAGGAACAAAGUAACGAAGCAAAAUGGUACUGAUAACAGGACUUGGUGUGAAUUUUGGAAUGAAGGUGUCAAACCCGAACUGACGAACUUGUUCACAGCAAUUCAGACGGAUGGAAAGGGCAAAUCAAAUACAAUCACUACUGCCAGAACAUGCCAGGGCUUUGGUUAUGGUAACACUGAUAGUGUCGAAAGAAAAGCAUGUAAUUAUAUCGCGGCAGGACUACAACACAUUAAAGGCAUUACAGGUAGUAGUAAUGGUGUUGCACAGUCUAAUGAUCAAUACAAGCACCUGCUCGCUCGAGCAGGUGCUUGUAUUGCUCUUAACAUGUACGCUGAUCAAAUAAGAGAAAAGUCGAAGGAUAAAUGCCCCAUUGAUGAAUCUAAAAUACAAAGAAUGUUUGAUUUUUGGAAUGCAAUUAAUAAUAAUUCGUGCUUGACCUCUGCUAGUCGUGCUAAUAAUAAAAAUUGUUUUGUUUGUAAAAGGCUUCAAGGCUCAUAUUUUGCUGAUUGCAAUCUAAGUGUUUCCAACACUUUGGUUGAUACAACAUCACCACAAUCUGGUUCAAGGACAACUUGCACUGAUAAGGACAACAAUACCAAUAAGAAUGUCUCCAAAAAAAUCGACGACUUGCUCAAAGAAGAAUCUAAAAUGGAAGGAACAUUAAAGGAAAUAAAUAAAAUGAACGAUUUCUGUACUCAACUCCAAUGUGCUGCAAGGAAAUGGAAAUUAGCAAACAGCAAAAAUGGGCAAAUUGGAACACUAUUUUGGAGUGACAUACACAGUGCCGCUGAAAAAGAAUUAACGACACUGCUGCAUCAUAUGACGCAGUCUAAAAAUCAGGAGGAAGUUGCCAUAUACUGCAGUGACAAAGACGCAAAUUGGUAUAAAUAUGGCCAUAAACAAGGCAGAACAAAUAAAGCAGCUUGUUUGCUUUUUGCUGCUGGGUUAAAGCACAUUUAUGUCCGCGGUAAGGGCUCUGUUAAGGGCCCAUCGUUUGAACAAACGAUGGGUUGUUUAUUUCUUAAAGAAUAUGCAAAACAAUUGAAAGACUUGGCAAAUGAGAAAAAACAAGGACAUAGUUGGGUACAUCCCUAUUGUAGCAUAGAUAAGGGCAUAACACAUGCUUUUAAUAAAAGUAAAAACAUUAUGGAAGAAACAUCUAACUGCAACAAGAAUGUUAGUAUUAAUUCUUGCUUUGUGUGCACACAAAACGAAAACGAUUAUAAAAAUUGCCACAUUGGCUCUGACAGUGUAAAGACCAAUGUGGAAUCAAUGUUUAACGAAGAAACGAACAAAGACCAUAUGCAACAAACUUUAGAGAAUACAGUCUGUCCCAUCCUUCUUACGGAUAUCCUUACCCCUUUUCUUCCUUUGGCUCCUGUCUCUAUUGGCCUUUCUGCUAUGGCUUAUUACCUUUGGAAGUAUUUUGGUCCUCUUGGUAAAGGAGGAGCACGUUUCAGAAGAUCUCCUGCUGAAAUUCCUGGUUCAUCAGUGCAGGAACAAGUCCUCGAUCAUGUGCAGCAAGAUAGUUCACAUGAAUAUCGAUUGGUGAAGGAACGAAAACCUCGUUCUGCUCCAACAAGAACGAAACGUUCUGGUCGCGCGAAUCGUCGAACGAUUAUUGAAAUUCAUUUUGAAGUGUUGGAUGAAUGUCAAAAAGGGGACACACAAUUGAACCAGAAGGAUUUUCUGGAACUUUUGGUUCAAGAAUUCAUGGGAUCCGAAUUAAUGGAAGAAGAACAGGUUCUUAUGGAAGGUGUUCCAAUGGAACGUGUUCCUAUUGAAGAGGUUCCAAUGGAACGUCUUUCUAUUGAGGAGGUUCCUUUGGAACGCGUUCCAAGUUUAGGUUCCGGGUUUAUGGUUUAA